GCAAAUCAGAAAACACUCUUGUCGUCUCAUCAUUGGGUAUCGAAGAUUCAGCGAUGAAGGUUCUCAUAAGUUUUCUUUCCAUAUUGGCUUUGGGGGCCGCCGCACCCCUGGACGAGGACUUCGGCUACGUUGACGUGCGUCCCGGAGCUCACAUGUUCUGGGUGACGUACCACGUCGACCAGGCAGGGGUGUGGACCGACUACCCCCUCAUCCUGUGGCUUCAGGGGGGACCGGGAGCCUCUGGAGUUGGCUACGGAAACUUUCAGGAACUUGGGCCAUACUACAUAAACGGCACUCGUAGAGAGACAGCUUGGACCAAGAAGGCAAACUUGAUGUUUGUGGACAACCCCGUCGGCUCCGGGUACAGCUACGUGGACUCGCUGCCUCUCCUCACGAGCACAAAUCAGCAAAUCGCAGACGACAUGGUGGCUCUUCUCAAGUCUGUCUUCACAGAUUACCCCGAUAUGUCACUAAUGCCUUUUUACAUCUACUGCGAGUCGUACGGUGGUAAAAUGGCGGUCGACAUUGCACUGGCACUCAAUCAGGCGAUAGGGAACGGUGAAAUCGUGAGCGACUUCCGAGGAGUGUCUCUCGGCGAUUCGUGGAUCAGCCCAAUGGAUUCCGUCAACACCUGGGGACCUUUCCUCUACGCGAUGGGCUUCGUAAACGAACAAGGCCGCGACACCAUCAACGCACAAGCCGCGUCCUGCCAAGCCCUCGUCGACGCCGGCCAAUGGCUGGACGCUACCAACUGCUGGAGCAACACAGAAACCGUCGUGCUUUUCCAGACUGGCGGCGUAAACUUCUACAACGUCCUCGCAGAAGAAGAUGUCUACUUCCUGAUGGCUCAACCGCACAGCAGGGACUUGUCGUUCAUGUCUCCUGCCGUUCGAAGUCUCUACGAACGGCACGUUGAAGGAAUACAGACAAGGGAUGCGCUAGGGGACUUCAUGAACGGCGCUCAAGCGGCCCACUGGAACAUCCCCGCUGAGGUGACCUGGGGCGGCCAGUCAGGAGCCGUCUUCAACUCGCUCUCGGAAGACUUCAUGAAACCCGUCGUAAAUUCAGUCGUGCAGCUGCUGGAAACCACCAAUCUCUUCGUGGCCGUCUUCACCGGAGAUCUCGAUCUGAUCUGUGACACUCCAGGAACAUACAGGUGGAUCGAGAACAUGCAGUGGAGUGGCAAGGCUGAGUUUGACGCCACCCGACGCAGGACUUUCAACGUCCCCUCGUACUCGAGCUCCGCGGGAUACGUUCAACACUCCGGAAACUUUGCGGUCUUCUCUAUUCUCAGAUCCGGACACAUGGUACCAAUCGACGCUCCAGAAGCGGCGCUGGUCAUGAUCGAUGACAUCCUUUCGUUUAGUGGCGCUGCAAAGGACGCUUCUAAGACCAAAAUCACCAAGCCAAAGAUGGGGGACAGAACACAAACAGAUCUAGAUGAGACUAAGGUUCCGAAAAAGCUCGAAGCUGCCGAGCAGAAGCCCAUGGAUACUCAUGUUGAAACCCCCAAAGAGAAGAUUUCGAACACGGUUAAAGAGGCUCCCAAGGUUCAAGCCGAAAUUCUUAAGAUUCAGGGUGAAAAAAUUAAAAGUCCUGAAGUAGCCAAAGCUCAGGCCGAUAUUGCCCGCAUGAGGUCCAUGCAUCCUGGACUUCUUAAAGCAAAAUCUGGCCGCAAAAUCGACCGGACUCCGGUUUUGGAUCGCAAGUUCCCGCAAAAGCCAAAACACUUCGAUGACGUGCAGCAAGUGAAGCCCGUCAUUUUCAAGAAACCGUAACUUCAAUAAAAGUUUAAGACACGACCACUUAUAAGAGGCAUCUUAAAUGAUAAUCAGUGGUAAAACUGCAUCGUUGACUGAACUUUAUUUCGAAUUUUU